AUGCCGCAGCACGUCCAUGAUGAGGCUAGGCACAUCAUCAGUAGCUUGGUUCCCAUGGUGAUGUCCUACUUCAACCCCUAUGAGCAGAUCACCAUCUCCGAGUACGGUGAAGAGCGGUUCGAAUGGAACAAAAUGUUCUUCGCCGUUUCCACCUACCUGAGAAUGGUGUGCUUGGAUCAUGCAAGCAAGCUCAAGGCCGAGCUCGGCAACAACAGCAAGGACGACCCGCUUAUCAGUCUGGACAAGAACCAAGAGGUCGUCGACAAUUUCGACGGAGCCCGCAUGUGGUGGAGGCUGUGCCCCAAAUCCGCCAAGAACAGGGGGCCCACCGUCAUCAGCUUGUUGCCCGGGAUUCGGACGAUGAGCCUCGGUGCUACAGGCUGCAAGAAGAUCGAGAUCAUGGAGGAUCUCACGGCAUUCCGUGAGGCGAAGGAGUACCACUCCAAGGUCGGCAAGGCGUGGAAGCGGGGAUACCUCCUGCAUGGACCGCCGGGCACAGGCAAGUCCACCAUGAUCGGGGCUAUGGCCAACUUCCUCGAGUAUGAUGUCUACGACCUCGACCUAACAUCCAUCAAGGACAACGCCGAGCUGCGGAAGCUCUUCCUUGAUACGACGGACAGAUCCAUCAUCGUUAUCGAGGACAUCGACGCGAUUGAGGUCGAACUCACCACCAAGCGCAAGGGCAAGGAGGCAGCCAAAGAGAAUGACGACAACCACCUGGUGAUAGAGCUGUCCGAGAAGAAUAACAAAGGCAAAGUGAUGCUGUCGGAGCUGCUCAGCUUUGUCAACGGGCUGUGGUCAGCCUGCGGCAGCGAGCGGAUCUUCGUGUUCACCACGAACCACGUUGACCGGCUCGACCCGGCGCUGAUCCGGCGGGGUAGGAUGGACAGGCACAUUGAGAUGUCCUACUGCCGGUUCGAGGCCUUCAAGAUGCUCACUAAAAGCUAUCUAGACAUCACUGAGCAUUCACUAUUCGGUGAAAUCGGGCAACUGCUCGAUGAGAUCGACACAACUCGGCAGGCGUGGCAGAUAACCUCAUGCCGCUGGCGGCAAGAGGAACGGUGA